AUGCACGCCCACCGCCUGCCGUUGCUUCUCCUGCAUGCCUGCCGGGUUCUGCUCCAGGUGGGCGCCGAGACGGUGGCCACUCUGCCGCUGCGAACGCUGGGGCAGCCCUCGUCGCCGUCCCCUCUCGCAUAUAUGUUGAGGCUCUACCGCGACCCGCUGCUCCGGACAGAUAUCAUUCGCAGCCUGCAAGCUCAAGAUGUGGAAGUGGAGGGGCAGAAAUGGACCUUUGCUUUUGACUUCUCCUUCCUGAGCCAAGAAGAGGAUUUGGCGUCGGCUGAGAUCCGGCUGCAACUCUCCAGCCCUGCAGACCUUUCCUCCGAGGCUCCACUUGACAUUGAGAUUUUCCACCAACCAAAGCUGGACUCCAAGCAGGACCUAGCCAGCUGCCAGGAGCGUCUUAAGGUGGACCUGUUCACUGUCACUCCAUCUCAAGUCACCUUCUCCUCGGGCAGCAUGGUCCUGGAGGUGACCAGGCCAUUCUCUAAGUGGCUGAAGCACCCCAGGAAGCUGGAGGAGCAGAUGGCCAGGCAGGCUGGAGAGUGUCGGCAGCGACCCCCGAAACCGCCCAUCACUGAUGUGCUACUCAUGCUCUACUCCAACCUCUCCCAGCAGAGGCAGCUGGGCAGUUCCAUGCUGCUAUGGGAGGCUGAGAGUUCCUGGCGGGCCCAGGAAGGACAGCUGUCCCGGGAGAGAGGUAGGCGGCACCGGCGAAACCACUUGCCAGACAGAAGCCAACUCUGUCGGAAGGUCAAGUUCCAGGUGGACUUCAACCAGAUUGGAUGGGGCUCCUGGAUCAUCUACCCCAAGCAGUACAAUGCCUACCGCUGUGAGGGCGAGUGUCCCAACCCUGUGGGGGACGAGUUCCAUCCGACCAACCACGCGUACAUCCAGAGUCUGCUGAAACAUUAUCAGCCCCACCGUGUCCCUUCUACCUGCUGUGUCCCCGUGAAGACCAAGUCACUGAGCAUGCUCUACGUGGAAAAUGGCAGAGUUCUUCUAGACCACCAUAAAGACAUGAUUGUGGAAGAAUGUGGUUGCCUCUGA